UGUUUAUACCAAGUACCUCAUAAUAAAGUAAAAUAACGUAUUAACUAUAAAAUAUAUAAGUAUUUUUCCUCAGAUUUGUAUAACUUCCUUUUAGCAUGACGAUAUUAUAAAAAACUAAGCAUUUGAAUUUUAAUAAAGUUUUGAUGAACAAUUGUAAAAAUGAUUUUAAAAUAGAAAAUUUUUACCAAAUAGUUGUGUAAUUUUCAUUUAUAUUGGUAUUAUGAUGCAGUUAAACAGCCUGUAAAAAUUCAAAUUUAAAAACAUCAAUAGAGAUAUGUAGACAAACAAAUGUAGUCAAAUGUGAACCUCUAGAUAAUUCUUUAAACAAUAAUGCAAUUGAUAUUUAUGAAAAUGGUCUUGAAGGAUCUUCAAAACAAAAUAUGGUUUCUCAGUUUGACAAUACUAUUAUAAAAACAGAAAUAAAAUCAGAAGUUAAUGAUGUUUUGGAAAUUAAAUUAGAGCCUCUUGAUGAAGAUCACACAUAUAUUAAUAAUCAACUUUUGGAUACAAUUUCUAGUGAAGACUAUUCUUAUAGUAGUUUAAUGUGUGAUAUGUGUUAUAAAAAUUAUGAUGAUCCUUAUGAUCUAAUAGUUCAUAAAAAAGUUUCACACGCUGAAAAACCAUAUACUUGUAUGUUUUGCAAUGAAAAAUUUGUGUUAUGUGCUCAUUUAAAUAUGCACAUGUCUGAACACACUGAAAAUACAAGUUACCUAUUAGAGCCAACAAAUUGUAUAACUUCAGAAAAUAAAUUAUUCUCCAAUACUACUUUUAAAAUAUCAAAUAACAUUGAAUGUCUUAAACUUAAAGAUAAAAAUUUCCAAAAUGCUAACGCUAAAAUACAUAUAAAAAAUCUAGUCAAAGAAAAUAGUCAUCCUGAAUCUUCAAAUGUACGUAAGUCUCUGAGAAUAUGUUCUAGAAAAUCUGCAAAUGAACUUAAGCCAUUUACUUGCCCUAAUUGCUCAUUUGCUACAAUUUCAAAAAACAAAAUGCUUUUGCAUAAAUGCAAUAAAUAUACAAAUAUCAUCAAUAUUAUAAAAACUAAAAAAAUUCAUGUUCCAAAGAAUAAACAAUCAACUUAUAAUUGCAAUUUUUGUAAUAAAUCAUUUAUAAAACGUCAGUCUCUUUGUGGUCAUUUGAAAUGCCACAGUAAUAAAGUAGUAUUUAAAAAUAAGAAAAUGUCUAUUACCAAAAAUAUUAAAAUGGAGAAAACUGAUGAAAAUGAACAUGAAAAAAAAUUGUGUAGUGAAAACCAUUUUAUAAUGCAAAACAAAUCUAAAGCUUAUAAAUGUGAAUAUUGUUUUCGAUCAUAUUUUACAAGUAAAGCAUUAAAUGUACAUGUUAGAAUGCACACACAAAAGUUUUUGUGCAAAAUUUGUCACAAAAUGUUUUUCUUGAAAAUAAAUUUUAAAAAACAUAUGAUGUAUCAUCAUAGUUUAAAACAGAAUAAUAGUGACAAGACAUUGGAAGUUGAUAAAUCAUGUUCAACAAAUAAAUACAAGACUUCACAAAAUAAAAUUAUCAAUUCAGUUAUGUUAAAAAAACAAGUAAAUGUUAAAAAUGACAAAAGUGAAAAACCAUAUCAAUGUUCUUACUGUAGUAUUCGUUUCAGUUCUACAAAGUAUUUACAAAACCAUUUUACUACUUUACACGCUAAUAAAUAUUUGAAAAACUUGAGAGUUAAAAAAAAUUUUUUUCCUUGUCAAUGGUGUUCUAAAAAAUUUAGUUGGAGCUCAGGAUUAUAUCGCCAUUAUAGAUCAGCACAUAAGUCAAUUAAGCCAUUUAAAUGUGUACAAUGUGCAAAAUGCUUUUCUGACUAUACUUCAUACAGAGUCCACAAAAGAAAUCAUAACUUACUAAAAUGAUUCAAUGAAAAUUAUGACUUGUUUAAUUAGAAAAUUUGAUAUAUUUUAGUUAGAUUUAUUUUUAUUGUAUAUGUAAAAAUGGAUUUUUUCCUAUAUAUUGACAAUUUAAACUAAUUUAAUUUAAACAUUAAAAAUUAUUUAUAAUUUUUAAAUUAAAAUAUGACUUGCUUAAUAAUUUUUUAUCUUAUUAUGUAAUUUGUAUUGUAGUUGUGUUUUAUAGUUAAAUGUAUGUUCCAAAAUACUAAAUUGUAUUUUGGAACAAAAUUUCCUCUUUGUAUAGUUCCUUAAAACAUCACAUGAAU